ACAUACACAUCACACAGGGAAGCAGAGUAGGAAGAGCGAGGAGGGGGAAAGGAAGGACAAAAGAAAGAAAGAAGAGGGACACUGUACUGUUUGUUUUCGUUUGCAUUGCUUUAUCUUAGAGAAGGAAAAGUCUGCCUUUCUCUUUAAAUGAACGGAUAAAUCAUCGCAAACGGCUUCCAUCUUAAUUUGAAGGAAAACAGUGGGCCACGAGUUAGACGCUGGAGUCUGAAGUGAUUUGAGCGUUUGUAACUUACUUACUUUCUAAAGCAAAGGGAGACACGCGGUUUGUAGUCCUGUAAGUGCUUAGCGACUUGAUAGACUGUGACAAGACCAAGCGAAACAAACAAGCAAAUAUAUAAGUAACUUUAUAUGACUUUAGAAAUAUUACUAAGUAGUUGUCAAAUGCCACUGAGUUGUGCGAGAAGGAAUAAAUAACAGCUGAAUUAGCGGUCCUUUUAAAAUCACACUGCUCAACAAACACGGGGAAGAAACCCUGAUCCACAGUUUCAGCCAGUUAUUCACAGCAUAUUUGCGGACUAUGGCGGCGGUAACAAGUCCAGAAGCGAGCCAACAAGCUCGCGUUUACUUCCAGACGCCCCCCGGUUCAACCGAAGAAGCCGAGACCCCGGUCCGCAAGCAAGGACGGGUCACAGUGAAAUACGACCGGAAAGAACUGAGAAAGAGACUUAAUUUGGAAGAGUGGAUUAUUGACCAGCUAACGGAUCUCUACGACUGUGAGGAGGAGGCGAUUCCAGAGCUGGAGAUAGAUGUGGAUGAGCUGUUGGACAUGGAGGAUGAUGUAGACCGUGCCGCAAGGGUCAAGGAACUGCUGGUAGACUGUUAUAAACCUACUGAAGAGUUUGUAGCUGAAUUGCUGGACAGGAUCCGUGGCAUGCAGAAGCUCAGUACUCCUCAGAAGAAAUGAAGCUUCUCCCACCUCCACCCUUCAACCAAUCUCAUCCCUCCUUUUCAAAUUUUAGGGGUGUGACUGUUCACCCCUGAGCAGGUGCUCAUCCAGUCCCAUUGCCUCUUUUGCAUCCAUUGGGGAGGAGGUGGAGGCAAAAUUAUGGGACAUUCAAUCAGAUCCUUAUAAGCAGGGCUUAUUUUCCCAUUAUGUUGAUUUUAUUUGUAUUUUAUUCUGUUUCACUUUUUUUGUAAAGGGGGAAAGAUUUAAUUGUUUUUAAAUGUAUUUCAUGUUGGUAUACAUUACUGUGCAUAAUAUUUUUUAGAUUCUAAUUUGGUAAUUUAGUUUUAAUUUGGUUUCAAAGCUUCCUGUCUCAAUGAACACAUGGAGUAAAACCCUUGGUGAAACUGUGACGAUACUUGGUUUAAAAUUACAUCAGAGUGGAUUAGACAGAAGCAGCCUUGUGGAUUUCUUUCUUUUUUUUUUUUUUUUUUUGUAUUUUAUGUACUUUUUUGAGUCUCCUCUUCCUUGAGUAAGUGUGCAGGAACAUAAGUGGACAUUAAAAAAAAAAAAUAGAGGAGUUUGGGGAUUUGUUGUAUUAAUGGAAGGGAGCUGUGUGUAGGGAAACAAAUUGGGGCUUCGAUUCUUUAAUUUUCUCCUGUCUUACACGCACUCACUCUCUGAAAUUCAUGGGCAUCACCACCCUCAGGGAUCAGGAGAAAUUACCACACACACACACACACACACACACAUAUAACCACAGCUGUGGCUUUUGGGCCUCACACAUCCACAGAUGUGCACUCUUACUCUUCCAGAGACCGAUAGAGAGAGACUGGAGAUCAUGCUAGACAAGCUGCAUUGUGUCACGCUCACAGGCAAACAUACAUUCAAAAUGUAUCCUCUCACAUGACUCUCCUAAAUCAUCUUUCCCAGGAAGCCAUCUGCUCUUUUUGUCUCAGCCAAUCAAAUACUAUAAUAAGAGGGCUAAUAGUUUCACUCAGUGCUCUUGAAAUCCACCAAUCCAACAUUUCCAGCAGGUGUUUUAGAAGAGCUUUACCCCUAACAUCCUAACACAUUACAUCUGCACAUAUUAAUCAUUCAUUGAUGCUCCUCCUCAUCCCAUCUGAGUUCACUUAUGAAUUACAUGAAGUAAGGUACAAUAACAACUGUCCUGGACUCACAACAACUGUUUUCUCUCUUUCUCUACUCACUCUUUUUAUUUUCUUCUUUGGCCCCCAUAUUUUAUUUAAAUGUCUUUAUUUCACCUGCUCCUCUGCAUUUCAUUUUACAUGAGAGUCACUCUCCCUACUUUCAGACGUUGCCUUAGGUUAAACUUAUGUUAUGACAACCAAAUGAAUUUAAUGUUUGAGGAGCAUCCAAGAAAAAAUAAAUCUGCAAAAGUGGAGAUCUUUUUGAAGUUUUAGAAUUAAAUAAAAGAUUCUUGUACUUUCAAUGAUUCCUUUUUCUUUUUUUACUAGGGAAGGAAGUUGACUAUGUACCAAGCAAUUUUUUAGAUGCAUUAACUAUUAACAAAAUAGAAUCAGUUUUUUUAUCAUUAUAUGGACCUGCUGUUGAUUUCUCUUUACUGUGUCCAAUGAGACACGGGAGGAUUGAAAGAGUCAAUUGGAUUUAAAAGAGGAACGAUAAUAUGAAUUUAAGAAAAAUGUAAGCAAUUGCGUGAGACUGUACUCAAGGUCAUACCUUUUGGAGAAAAAAAGUAUCCUGUAGCAAUACUAAACUGUCUUGGUUUUAUGGCCAAUUUUGUUACACUUUUAUGCAACUUUAAUAAAAAUAUGUUAAAUUA